AUGGCCAGCCAAAUACCAGAAGAGCAUAUCCGGCAUUAUAUGCUUUUUGAGUUUCGCAAGGGUAGUAACGCAACAGUUGCGACCACAAACAUUUGCGAUGUUUAUUCAAGUGCAUUAGACGUUCGAAGACCAACAACAUUAGACAACGACAUGUUAUGGGCAGAAGUGGAAGCAAAUUCAUGUCAGACAAUCGAGAAACUCUCAAACACCCUUAACCAACCUUGGUCGACCAUCCAAGAACAUUUGCAGCAGAUUAGAAAAAUAAGCAGAGCAGGUGUUUGGGUCCACCAUAAUCUGGCCGAAGAGAACAAAGCCAAUCGAUCCAUCACAUGCAACGUAUUGCUUCAACGACACCAUACAGAACCGCAGUGGCUCUCUCCAAAUGAAUUACCACGAAGUACUGCGAAGCCGGGUUUACAUCCCAAAAAGGCGCUUCUAUGUGUUUGGUGGAGUAUACGCGGAAUUGUUCAUUUUGAAGUGCUGAAACCUGGACAAACUGUUAAUGCAGAUCUUUAUUGUAAACAAUUGGAUCGAGUGAACCAAUCUUUAAUCGAAAAACCACACUGUGCAAGACAAACCUUGGAAAAAAUUAAUGAAUUGGGGUGGGAGGUACUGCCUCACCCAACAUACUCACCCGAUAUCACACCUUCAGAUUUACAUUUAUUCCGAUCGCUACAACAUUUUCUUAGUGGCAAAAAAUUUGAAAAUUUGGAUAAUGUCCAAAAUGCCAUCUCGAGAAUUUUUGUAAAGACCGAAUCAAGUAAUAAACCGAGGGUACCACUCACAUCUGGCGAAUAUGAUAGGUGUGCUAGCACAUCCCAUCCAAACUGUAAUAACUUUUGA